AUGAAUGUUCAGCCUGGAAGGAAAUAUAAGAAUAAUUUUAAAGAUGGAGGGGGUAAGAAUGCUGGUGGGACUUCUAAGGGUUCCAGAUUUGAUGCCUUGAGACAAGUUGGUGAGGAUUUUGGAAGAGAAGUGAAUAGAAUGGGAUCGGAGCCUUCUUUGUCUUCUAAGACGGGUAAAGCUAUGGAGAAUGUUGUCCCCAAGGGCAGCAAGAUUUGGACUAAGUCUAAGUUAGCUAAGGACACUUCUAGGCAGGUGUUGAAUGAUAUUUCUAAUAAAGUUGGGGCCAGCAAGUCUUUUUUGGCUGCAAAGGAUAAGAUACCUAGGAAGCCUUUUGGAACUUCCUUUGAUGCUGCUGAUGCGUCUGGUGUCGCUCAGUUUAGUGGGAAGGAAAUUGGGCAGCCUGGGUUGGUUAGUAAGAAAAUUGAUAGCUGGGUGGGGAACCAUGAUGCAAGCAUAGAGAAUGGUGUGUAUAUUUUUGGUCAUCAGCCCCUGAAUAUAAGGGAAGAAGAUGUUAAUUCUGAGGCCAGUUCUGAGUCUGACGAUGAUGCGGUGGCUGUUGAUGCUUCUAUUGGUGUUGAUGUGGGCCAAGGUGAAAACAUGGAUUUAUCUGAGGGACAAGGUGCUGGUCCUGAUGAUCAGAUGACAUGUCAUACCCUUACUAGUGAGGGUGGAGUGACAUUUGUCUGUUGGAAUGUUCGGGGUGCUGCUAGCACUAAAUUUAAGUCUACUAUGUUGGAUUUAAUUCGGAUUCAUCGUAUGGAUAUUCUUUUCGUCUGUGAGCCGAGAAUCAGUGGUGAGAAAGCUAUUUCUGUUGUUAAGUCUUUGGGUUUUCAUUGUUUUGAGAUUGUGGAUGCUAUUGGGUUUUCUGGUGGUUUGUGGUUAUUAUGGGAUAAUAGCAAAGUUCAUGUGGAAAUUUUGGGAACGUCAGAUCAAACUAUUUCAGCUUGUGUUUCCUGGAAUGGUGGUCCUCCGUGGUUGUUUACUGGUGUUUAUGCCAGUCCUUGUAUUAGAAAACGAGCGAGUUUAUGGGAAUAUCUCAAGUUUGUUGCAGAUUGCCAUCAUUUGCCUUGGCUAUUAGCUGGGGACUUUAAUGAGAUGUUGUCUGUGGAUGAGAAGCUGGGUGGAGCUGUAACUUCUCGUGUGCAGGGGUUUCGCAAUUGGUUUGACGAUCAUGGUAUGGUGGAUUUGGGUUUUUCUGGUCCUAAGUACACUUGGAGGAAUAAUAAAGUUAGUGAAAGGAUUGACAGGGCCAUUUGCAUGAUGAAUUGGAGAGGUUUAUAUGCUGAGGCUCAUGUUAGACAUUUACCUAGAACUACUUCAGAUCAUAAUCCCCUUAAAAUCUCUCUGCAAUCUUGUUUUCAUGCUGCCCCUCAUCUUCGCCCUUUUAGAUUUGAGGCGAUGUGGUUGAAGCAUGAGAAGUUUGGUGAUUUCAUUAAUAAUACUUGGGGUAAGUUGGAUGGCUCUGCUAUGGAGAAGACCUUUCAGCUGGUUGCUCGUCUUAAACAUUGGAAUAUUAAUGUUUUUGGACACCUCCGGUUGAGAAAGGCCAGAUUAUUAGCCCGGCUAAAUGGUAUUCAAAAGGCCCUCUGCGAAGGGUUUAAUCCUUUUCUCAGUCGGCUGGAAGUCUCCUUAAUGGAUGAUUUUAAUAAAAUUCUUGAGCAAGAAGCUCAGUUUUGGAAGCAAAAGUCUAGGGUUCAGUGGCUUCAGGAAGGGGAUCGUAAUACGAAAUUUUUUCAUCUCACCACUGUGAUUCGAAGGCGUAGAAAUAAAAUUGAGAGUUUGAGGAAUAAUGAUGGUAUGGUUGUUGCGACUGCCCUAGGUAUUAAAGCCUUAGCUGUUGAGCAUUUUGCGUCUCUCUUUACUCAAUCACACUUGGCUCCUACUGAGUUGGAUAUUCCUAAUCUGUUCCCUCUGAUUAGUGGUGAAGAUUUGGAUGUUUUAACUAAGGAUGUGGAGUUAGAUGAAGUUAAAGAAAGCCUCUUUGGUAUUGGAGGCCUUAAAGCUCCUGGGAUAGAUGGUUUUCCCGCGUGCUUUUAUCAAACCCAGUGGGGCCAAUGUGCUACUGAUAUUUAUGCUAUGGUGACCAAGGCUUUUACUGAGUGUUCCUUUCCUGCUAAGUUGAAUCAUACCCUUAUCACGCUGGUUCCUAAGGUUGAUAAUCCCCAGACUAUGGUGCAUUUUCGUCCCAUUAGUCUUUGUUCAACUCUUUAUAAAGUUAUCUCUAAGAUCAUUGUGGCUAGAUUGAGGCCUAUUUUGCCUGUUCUAAUUAGUCCUAAUCAGGUUAGUUUUGUGCCUAGAAGGCAUAUUACAGAUAACAUUCUUAUAGCACAGGAGCUUAUGCAUAAGUUCAAGGUUUCUAAGGGCAAGAGAGGGUUUAUGGCUUGGAAAAUUGAUCUUUCUAAGGCGUAUGACAUAUUGAACUGGCAUUUUAUUGAGGUGGUGUUGGCUGAAUUAGGUAUGCCUGCGGUUUUAAGGAGGUUGAUCAUGCAUUGUGUUUCUACUGUUAAGUAUCAGAUUUGUAUUAAUGGGGAGCUCACUGAUUCCUUUGCUCAUAUGAAUGGUAUUAGGCAAGGGGACCCUUUAUCCCCCUAUUUGUUUGUGAUGUGUGUUGAAAAACUUUCUCACAUCAUCUUUGAUUUGGUUCAAAAAGGUAGUUGGAAAGCUGUUAAAUCGUCUCAAUCUGGGCCUGUGGUUUCUCAUCUCUUCUUUGCGGACGAUCUUAUUCUUUUUGCUGAAGCUUCUGUUAAACAAGCUCGAAUUAUGAAGGGUUGUUUGGAGCUUUUUUGUCAAGCGUCAGGACAAAUUGUAAACUUUGAUAAAUCUGCUGUUUUUUGUUCCUCCAAUACUCCGAAGGAGGUGGCUAAGGAGAUUAGUUGUAUUUGCGGCUCCCCUCAGACUAGUGACUUGGGCAAAUACUUAGGCAUGCCUCUUCUUCAUACAAGGGUUAAUCACACUACUUAUAAGAAGCUGCUGGAUAGGGUGCACAGUCGGUUGGCUUCUUGGAAAGGCAAACUUCUCUCGUAUGCUGGUCGCGCAACUUUAAUCCAAGCUGUGACUUCCUCUAUUCCCAUUGAUGCUAUGCAAACUACUAAACUCCCUUGGAAUUUGGUUUUUCGUCCUAAGUGUAAAGGAGGGUUGGGCUUUAAGAAGUCUGCUGCUAUGAAUCAGGCCUUGCUUGCUAAAAUUGGUUGGAGAAUCCAGAACAAGGAUGGGAAGCUGUGGGCUAGGAUUUAUAAGGCUAAAUACCUUAAAGUUACGUCAAUUUUGGACCCUUCCCUAAUUCCAAAGCAGGUAUGUUCCUCCACUUGGAGGGGUAUUUUGCAUGGGGUGGAGUUACUCUCUAAAGGUAUGGUGUGGAGGAUUGGGAAAAGAGACACAGUUAAGUUUUGGCAGGAUAGGUGGCUGAAUGGAAGACCUCUUUUUGAACAAGAUGGGAUUUUGCAUGUUGGGGAUGUGACCUGCAAUGUCUCCAGUUUUUUAAAGGGGGAUUGGUGGGACAUUGACAAAUUAAGGGCAGUUUUGGAUGAGGAUUUGGUUCAUGAGUGGCCUUCGUAUGACUGGCACUUCUUGUGGAAAUUGAAGAUUCCCCCUAAGCUUCAAAUUUUCCUUUGGCUGGUGUUCCAAGGAAAAAUCCUGUCUAAUGAGCAGAGGGUUAGGAGGCAUCUGGUGGAUGAUCCUGCCUGUAACUACUGUAAUUGGCCAGUUGAGUCCAUUUUGCAUAUUUUUAGGGACUGUGAGAAGGCUACUAGUGUUUGGCAAGCUAUGCUUUGUCCUGGUGCUCAUCCCCAUUUUUUCCAGAUGGAUUUCCACCCUUGGCUUCGUUCUAAUCUUUUGUCUAAAGCUAUGUGGGGUGAUCAUGUGCCAUGGCCUCUUGUUUUUGUCUUUACUUGCUGGGUUUUAUGGAAAUGGAGAAACAAUCAGAUUUUUAAUAUUGACAAUGAGGUCAGUUAUGAGCCUGAGAAGAUUAUUGUUGCUGCUGUAAGGGAGUGGUAUACGGCUAGCCAAGUUGGGGGUACUAAGGCCCCUAAAAUGCCUCUUUUGCUUACUUGGGAACCUCCUGAGCUGGGUCAGUUUAAGCUUAAUGUGGAUGGGUCUAGAAGGUGUGCUUCAGGCUCUAUUGGUGCUGAAGGAGUGAUUCGUAAUUCCUUAGGGGAUUGGGUCAGUGGGUUUGCUGUGAACCUUGGUAAGGGGCAGAUUCUGGAAGCUGAAGUUUGGGGCUUGUUUUUUGGCUUGCAAAUUGCUAUUGCUAAAGGCAUUCGUAGGCUUUCUGUGGAAAUGGAUGCUGCUACAGCUGUCCUCCUUGUUCAGCAGCAUUCUAGGCUUGGCUCCCAUCCUCUAGCUUCCUUGAUUGCUAGAUGUUGUGCAAUGGUGAGACAAAUUGGUGUUUGUUAUGUGAGCCACAUAUACAGGGAAAGGAAUGCUGUGGUGGAUUGUUUGGCUAAAUGGAGCCAUAACCUUGAUCUUGGGUUGUGUGUGCUUGAUGCUGCUCCAAGCUGGCUUGGUUCUGUUUUAGUUGAUGACUUAUUAGGAGUUCCUAGAACUCGUUGGGUUAGUUUAGCUUCUGGCUAA